CUUUGAUUGGUGUGAUUGGGGAGUUGACAUCAGUUGGACCCGUUGCCAUCGUAACGUGAACCUGUCAGUGAAGGCCAAGAACGGUAUUCUGUGCAUCAUAGUAGCUAGGCAAGUGAUAAAGAAAGGACAAUUGACGACAUGGUGAAGAAGGUGUAUUGUGAACAUCGAAUAUUUAAAUCAAGCAGAAUAUAGCUUUUUUGUCAAGUAGUGAAUCAAACAUUCCCCAUUGGAUUGAACCCGGAAGAACAUUUCAAUCUUCUAUUCCAUGUAUUUGUGUUACUUUAUGUGAAUGUGACCUGCCGAAAGAAAUAGAGACUGUUGCAAAAAAACGUUUCUCUGUCGCGUGUAUUGUUCCCUUCAACUCUCCGGUAUUGGAAACAUCCUGUGCCUAUCAUCCCAGGGCGGAAGUAACAACUUAAAAUGGAUUGGGACAUCGUUGACAUCUUUAAUUUCCUGCCGGAGAACCAGGAGCUAGACAUUGGCAUUCAAUCAAUCCUGUUGAGGGAAUCGAGCUUCAUUACAAGACUUCCACAUGCUGAGGACGAAUCUUCAGAAUGCCACAACACACCAAUGAUCCAUUCAUCUUCAUCUUGGAAGCCUUCUAAAUGCAUAUCUCCAGCGUUGGAGCUUCGCGAUUCCCACCAGUUGUCCGACACAAUGUCCUGUUUAGAGGAGAUGGAAGUACCACGCGACAUGUUCGGAGAAUCCAGCGACAUCUUGCACAAGGCUGCCGUUCCGAUUUCACCUCCAGACAACUGCUCCAGGGAUUCUAGUCUGCGUGACAAACAACUCCACACUGACAACAACCUCCAGCCGAGGGACGAAAGGCCUUUCCGGUGUGCGAUCUGUCCCAAGGCGUUCCGACUUUCAUCCACACUGUCCGCGCACAAGAAGCUGCACGACCAAAGAGGACCCAGUCUACGGUGUGAGACGUGUGGACGAGCCUUCACGCAACCCAGCGCUCUCUCCAGCCAUCGACUGUUGCAUCGGUCGGAUCGGCCACACAGCUGCAGUCUCUGUGGAAAGCAGUUCGUUCGGCUGCAUGCCCUCAAGACACACGUGCUUAGUCACGCGAACGAACGACCCUACGAGUGUGACCAGUGUGGAAAAGCUUUUACCGAAAAGCACGUGCUCGUACGCCAUCGCAAGACGCACAGUAACGAGCGGCCCCAUGAGUGUGCCGAUUGCUCGAAGGCUUUCAAGGAGCGGUAUGACCUGCUGCGCCACACGCUCAUUCACAGUGGACUGCGGCCGCACAAGUGUCCCGAUUGCUCCAAAACCUUCGUCCAAUCAAAUGCACUGGUUAAACAUCGAAAGUGUCACGGACGGGAACGCACCGCUGGCCAUCAUCAGUUGAACGCAGCUUCCUUUGCUGUAACUAGGUUCGAAACUACGUGUUGCUAAGUGGAACAGUGACGGAGCGAGAGAAGCAACAAAUGUUAAUGUUGAUUUGCCGAGUGUAAAUAGAAACGUGUUUGAGCAAAUGUUAUUGUGAGUGUCUUUGGAACGGCAUUCGGAGGAAGAGUGCAAUUAAAUAAAGUGUGUA